GAUUCACGAGAAGGUGUGUUUCAGUUGCGAGAAAGAGCGAAACACCUCAGUAAACUGAAAAUGGUGUUAAAUGGUCAGUAUUUGCGCGAGAGGCAGAUCACAGGUAGCCAAGCAGGGUGCUGCUGAGAUGUCCAUGGGGCAAGAGAGGACUCCAGAUAUCCUGGCAGAGCAGAGUAGCCCUCUGCUCCAUGACCCAGAGGCCCUGUCCUUCUCCUGCUAUCCCAGCAUGCAAUACUCCACAGUGGAGCCACCCAUAUCCCCACAGUCAUACUACUCCAGCCAAAGCUAUUAUCCCCCCUACGGCGGCGACGAGUGGUGUGGUCCGUCCAGCCUGGGCGAGCUGAGGAAGGAUCCCCUGGAGGUGGGAUUCGACACAGAGAUGGGGAAGGCUGCACCUGUCAUUCCUGCUGGCUAUAAGAGAUCCAGGCACCCUGCUCAAUCAGCCAGGAUGAGGAAGGAAGAAGUGUGUGUGGUGUGUGGGGACAAAGCCUCGGGGUACCACUACAACGCCCUCACAUGUGAGGGUUGUAAAGGGUUUUUCAGAAGAAGUAUAACAAAGAAUGCUGUGUAUAAGUGUAAGACUGGAGGGAACUGUGAGAUGGACAUGUAUAUGCGUAGGAAGUGUCAGGAAUGUCGACUCCGGAAGUGUAAGGAGAUGGGAAUGCUCGCUGAGUGUUUGUUAACAGAGAUCCAGUGCAAGUCCAAAAGACUAAGGAAAAACCCCAAAUCCUCAUCAGAUACGACGGGAUUUGACACAGAUGUGGGGGACGGUGGAGAUGCAAAACAGGUCACUUCUACAACAAAAACAGUAAAAGAAAAAGUGGAACUCAGUCAAGAGCAGCAGAACUUGUUAACUUAUAUUCUUGACGCAUACAACAAACACCGUAUCCCUCAAGACAUGGCCAAAAAACUGCUGCAGGAGCAAUUCAGCACUGAGGAGAACUUCCUGCUCCUUAUAGAGAUGGCAACCACUCAUGUCCAGGUUCUGGUGGAAUUUACCAAAAAAAUCCCAGGGUUCCUGUCGCUGGACCACGAGGAUCAGAUUGCCCUGUUGAAGGGCUCAGCCGUGGAGGCCAUGUUCCUGCGCUCGGCCCAGGUCUUCACCAAGAAGAUGCCACACGGACACUCAGAAGUGCUGGAGGAGCGGAUACGCAAGAGCGGGAUCUCGGAAGAGUUCAUCACCCCCAUGUUCAACUUCUACAAAAGCAUCGGGGAACUGCAGAUGAGGCAGGAGGAACAUGCUCUCCUCACAGCCAUCACCAUCCUCUCCCCAGACCGGCCGUACGUGAAGGACCAGCGGGCGGUGGAAAGGCUCCAGGAGCCAGUGCUGGACGUACUAAGGAGGUUCUGCAAGACACAGCACCCCCACAAGCCCCAGCAGUUCGCUCGGCUCCUGGGCCGGCUCACUGAGCUCCGCACCCUGAACCACCACCACGCUGAGAUGCUGGAAUCGUGGCGCACCAGUGACCACAAGUUCAACCCUCUGCUGUGUGAGAUCUGGGACGUACAGUGACACUGCUGCAACAGGGCAGAGGAGGAGUUGGGGAGCCCAAAGACUUUUGCUGUGCUUUUUCUACUUCUUACAGAUGAGGUGAGAUGGUGUACGCUAGCGUGUGGGUCUGGAAUGGACAUUCAGAGUAUGAUGUCAUAUCCUGUUCAGAAAAGACUGUAACAAAGGGUUGUAUGGUCAUGAACUUCACUCAACAAAUGCAGGAGUGAUUGUAAGAUGUAAUAAUGAAAUAAAUGAUCAUUUGUAUGUUUUUAUAACUUUAUUUUGUUAUAAAAAUUUAGGUCAAUCCUUGAAUGAACAAAUGAGAUUUUAAUCUUUAUCAUGUCUCUAAUG